AAAAAAUGAACACAGAAAAAUCAGAAAAAUGCAUCAACGUGGCGCCAAGCGGCAUCCGGAGGAUGAAGAAAAUUCACCAAAUGGAAAUCGCGCAGCUUUUCGAGUACCGUAGGAAUUGCCUGGGAGAGAAGCGAACAGCUGUGGAAAAUGUCAUCAAUGCAAAAGUGGUCGCUUGGAACCUGGCAGUGGUCCGUAGGCGACACUACUUCGACCUGCACGGAAUGACGCCGCAAGGAGCCGUCGACUUUGUGGCUCAGAUCGUUGAAGGGAGGAGGCCAGGCUAUAUAAAACUCGAAACUGGACGCGGCAACCAUUCCAAGGACAACAUUCCGGCGAUUCAAAACCGGCUGCUUCAGGAUUUUGGCAAUCUUUCCGGAUUUCAAAUCGCCAUCGACCCGAGCAAUUUAGGAGUUCUAAUUCUCAGUUUUCAGUGAUUUGUUCUGUACUAUUUUCGUGUAUUUCGGUGUAAUUUCAUUUUUGUCAUAUUCUUGCAGUUCAUAUUUUGUCAUUAUUGUUUAUUGUACUAUUAUUAUAAUAUUAUUUAUUAAUAUGGUGUACAUAAUAAACUUGAUACAAAUUUCAAA